AUGACGAAGCGCGCCCUGAACGUCCUCCUCGCCCUCCCCGACUCCUCCACCCUCGAAUUUGGCCACAGGAUCGCUGCCCGGCUGCACCGCAUUCCCGAUGUUUCGCUCCAGGUCAUCGCUGGCCAUGAAUUCCCACCAUCCUCCCACGUAGUGCCCCCCGCACUCGAGCCUGUGUGGCACCGUUACGACGUCGACAGCAACGCGAGACCUGAGUGGCAGCACGCAGACUACGCCGACACAAAGGUCGCCGAGUACUGCCAGUGGGCCCAUCUACUCGUGUUGGCACCCCUCGACGCCGAAAACAUAGCCCGCAUGCUGCACGGCUUCACCAGUAACUUGCAUCUUCAGGUGCUGCGUAGCUGGGAUGUCUCGAAGAAAAUCUUACUCAUACCGGCCAUGUCCACCCUCAUGUGGGAGCAUCCUAUGUCGAAGAAGCAAAUUAGCAAGAUCCGGAGGAAAUGGAAUUGGAUACGAGUGCUGCCACCGUACCUAUGGACCUUCGAUCACAUGGGGCGAAAGUAUCAGCUUUGGGAGGGACAUAAGGCGUUCAAUGAAUCCAUCCAGACCCAGAUUGACCUGAUGGCUGUGGGUGACGGCCGCAUCGCAUUGCCGAUAGCUCACAUGCCUACCCUGACACCGACAAAGAGUAAAGGGCCUCGUCUACCCCCAGAAUUAUGGUCUAUCAUUUUAGAGUAUACAGAAGAUUGGGAGCUCGCGGCUAUGCUGAAUGUUCGCACGGCGCUUCCCGUCCCGCCAGAGUGGCGCCAGGCCGCUAGCGAAGAGGGACCAAAGAACCAAAUGCAGAGACUCGAGUGGAUGCUGUUGACUGGGACUUACGCGGAUAUCAGAGCCAUGCUUGAUGCGGAACCACCCACGCGCAUAUCGCGCCUUUGCAUCGAGCUUAUCAUGCGCUUCGCCAUGGUACCUGUCUUGACCCACCUGGAAAAUGCACACAAAGACCUCUUUUGGGGCACGUUUGGACAUGCCUUUCUUCCUCACAAAGCAUCCAUGUUCGGCAGGAUAGAGAUCCUGGAGUACUGGAGAACGUCGCCAACCUUUCUCACCAAAGAGUAUUCUACAGAGGCUAUAGACAGCGCAAGCCGCUCCGGUUCGAUCCAGGCCCUAGAUUGGUGGUUUGACUCGGGCCUGCCACUGAAGUUUACUGAGUCCGCUCUAGAGGCUGCUAGCUCACAAGGCCACAUCGAAGUUUUGAAAUGGUGGAAAGAGCACAGUCGAUACCGCUCCGAACCCGCGCCACCCCCGUCACCCACGCAGAAGAAAGACGAGGAGAAGAAUAGGCGGCCACUCUUGUCGCUCAAGGUGGGCAAGUCUAUCACGUACGCCACCCAGGCAGGUUGCCUCCCCGCUGUCAUUUUUUGGGUGGAAUCCGGUAUUCCCUUCUCUCACGAGGACACCAUCGCGAAGCUUGCCUCUGCUCACGGUCACACUCGCAUACUCAACUACUGGCACAGACAUUGCGGGGAGAAGAUGUUGUUCGACAACCAGGUUCUUGUUGGCCCCACCAAGAUGGGACACGCAGAAGUGCUGGAAUGGUGGAAGCGUAGCGGCUUACGAGUGGAGUACAAAACAUGCGACAUCGAAGAGGCACUGGAGGAUGGCGUAGAGGGCGAGGCUGGCGAGGAUGUGAGGAAGUGGUGGGCUCGCAAUGGGCUGAACCUGGGCGUAGGCACAAGCGAGUGGAUGAGGGUCAAAGUACUCGGAUCCUGA